AUGCCACAAAACUUGCAUUGGGUUAGCUACAAUGGCGAUACUGGUCGGAAAGAUUCUCAGCAGCGAUCCCAAAUAAAUUCUUUCCUUAACCGCACAAAGAGCAGACAGAAGUAUGAGCGCUUACGGCUGGGCCCCUCCCUAGCUGUGAACUGGGAGGCUGGCCGAUCUCGCUAUGGUCACGAUGAGCAACCAUCUUUACCACCAAAGACAAGCCCUGAAAAUGUCCUUCCCUUGGGUAUCUGGAGACAAGAGUUACCAAAGUCUACCAGAGCGACCUCGAAUCGCCACAGGUCCAAAGAUAAUGACCAUAAGAGCACGGCGAUAGUUUCGAUCGAGAAUCAUUACAUCACAUCGAAUCCUGUGGAGCCUUUCGGCGCGAUGGCCGUUGAGAUUAAGCCUGAGUGGUACACUGGCCUUGAGUAUUGGAUCUAUGGUUUUGAUCCAGCCAUUUGUCGGCAGCAAAGGGUUGCCGGAAUCUACAGCGCUUCCCGGGCUGGGCAUUUUGCGCUGAGAUUUCGUAACGAAGCUUUAUUUCAUGCGACAAUGGCCGUGGCGUAUAACUCGUUCGACAAUCUCAGUCAUUCCUACGAUGCCCAAGCUCCUUCGAUCAGAGUUUUGUAUCAUCGUGGAAAGGCACUCUCCUCUCUGUCCGCUCAGCUCACUAGCAUGCAAAUAAAGUCAUCAGUGAUAUUUCAAACAAUUCUCAACCUUAUGGUCGUUGAUUCCACUUGGCUAGAUUUCGACUCUCUCAGCAAGCACCAGGUUGGCUUACGCAGCUUAGAGCGCUUGGAACUAGAAGAUCCCGUUUGGAGCAAAAUCCUUAAGAGGCUUAUGGAGACGUACAUGCCGAAUGUUUUGUGGAUCGAAAACAUCUAA